CCCCUCCCCGCUCCUGGUUUGGCAUUUGUGAAAAUGUCGGAGGCCUGGCACGCCGCUUCUGUCUUGGUUCUGGCCCUGGGACAAGCGGCGGGGAGACGGUGGACGAGGGCCCUCCUCCAGACCGGCCUGGAGGCGUCCUGCUGACACGACGGCGAGAGGAUGCCGCCACCGCCGCUGUGGACAUCCCUCAUGUGGAUUUUGUGGGCGGAAGGGUGCGCGUCCCUGGGGGCAACCGGCGGAAGCUUCGACGCGAAUGGGGCCAUCCGCCACUUCGUCACCACGACCGAAGGAGUUUACGUAGCCACGGACGAUAAACUGUACCAGCUUAGGCGUGACCUCAGCCUGGUGCGCACGGUCAACCAGAGAGGCAUCCUGACAGGGAAAAGCGACAAGGCGCAGUUCUCCAGAGUGGCAGAAGGAGAUCCAGCCAACGCCACGUUGAGCGUUAACGUGCUGCUGGCCUUCGUGGAGAACGGGACUCUCAUCAGCUGCGGCGUGACCGACAACGAGUGCGGCUACUGCGAGCUGCUGGCCCAGCACGACGUGUCGGAGGUGCUCUACAGGGAACACAUCCUGGUCGGGCCCUCCGGGAGGCCCGGCGGGUCCGUGGCCUUCCUGGUGGCCACGGAGCCGGCCCAGCGAGAGUUUUACAUCCUGGCGGCCAUCCGGCAGCGCAAAGGCAAGAGCUCGCAAAGCACGUGCCCCUCUUCAACCGAGGCCGUGUACCUGUACAACACCGACAACAAGCAAGCGGGAGGGAUCCUCUCCUUCGCCGGCGAGGGCUCCAACCCUCUGUUUACCAGCAGAGGAGAUGUGGACUUUAUGGACGGAUUCCAGGUGGGGUCAGACAUUUAUUUGUUUGCCAACGUGCGGACUCCGGCGGGCGGCAGCAGGGUUCGGGUCAUAUGGCUUCAAGCCAAGAGCAAAAAAACGGAGACAUUGAAAUCGCUGCGUGGAGCGUCUCUGGCGGUCCCCGGCAAGAAGAAAGGGGCCAAACUGGUGGCCUCCUCGCCGGUGUGGCAAGGAGCGACUCCCACGCUUUGGGCGGGUGCGUUCGCCCCGGACGGAGACCCGAGCGGCACCGAGCUGCUUCUGUUUAACGUCACCCCCGAUGUGAACACAGCAGCCGACAAAGACCCGGACUUCUGCAGCGCCGUGACUUGCGCUGGGCAAGUCGGGGAGGCGAAGGAGCUGCAGCCACUGAAGGUCCUGUUCAGGCACAGAUCAAUGACGUCUGUCGUGGCCGAGAGCCAAGGGGCCUGGAUGGCGGUCUUUGUGGGAACAGAGGACGGCCAGAUCAUUAAGCUGAGCGUGGACAAAAAUCACCGCGGUACCUGUCCCACGGUGAUUUACAUCAGCGCAGAUGACCGUAAAGUGUUUCCAGGUAUGCGGCUGGACCCGGCAAAUGGGAAACACCUGUACGCGGCCUUGAAGAACCAGGUGCUGCGCGUGCCCGUGUCCAAGUGCUUCACGCACAAAACUCAGGAAGCCUGCUGGUCGGCUCAGGAUCCGAGCUGCGCGUGGUGUCACUCCAAAAAGAGUUGCACGUUCAAGGACGAAUGCCAAAACUCCCACUGGCUGUCCUUUCCUGACGAUUACCAAAAAAAGAUGAUUUCCUACACAGUCCGAAAAGAAAGCGGCGAUCAGAUCAGGUUGGACGUCCGCACGCACGUGAGCACGGAUCGGAACGCGAGCGAAACCUUUGCCUGUCAGUUUUCCGGAGGUUUGGGCGAACUGUGCAGCAGGGACGGCCCUCUCCCGACGUUCCCGCAAUGCACUUGCAUCCUGUCGAACGGCACGCUUUCAGCCGAAGGUAUGAGCGUGGCGGUCAAAGUGCGACUGGGGCCGACGUUAUUUACGGAAAAAAUUACGCUGAAGACGUGCCCGGACGUGGGGGGCUCGCCUCCCAAUACUGCGUGCCGGAGAUGCGUGGAGGUGGGAUGCGGCUGGAGCCAAGAGGGCUGUUCGUGGGCUACUGCGGGACCCGUGAAUGACGGGGUUUGCGAGAAGACGUGGCAGCCGAAGAACAUUUCGAAUCCAGAGAUUUCUUCCAUCCUUCCCGGCGAGGUGUCUUUCUACGGUCACAACCGCGCGGUUUUGUCAGGGUCCCACCUGAGUCAAGUGACCGGUGUGAGGAUCUGGACCGAAGAAGCCACCUGCGCGCCGAGGGAGUCUCCCGUGUGGAACAACACGAGCGUAGACUUGGUGUUCCACAUUCCCCCCAUGGAAGGCAAAGGAAGGGCCCGGGUGUGCGUCGUCCUCCCAGACGGCAGCUGCUACGGCGAAGGCAGCAUCGUGUACACUUCGGCGCCAUCCUGUGGCUCCCUGACGCCGAGCAGCUCCUGGAGCAGCGGCAAGAGGACGAUCACCUUGGCGGGGUCUAACCUGGACACGGUGGAGGGCGUCUCGCAUGGUCACGCCCCCCAGGAAGUCAGCGUGGCCGCACACCGAAGAUUCCAAAAUCUGACUUACCAGACACCGGGAGGCAGGAGCGCCGGCAGCGUUUUCACCAGCAAGGUUUAUCUGAAAGUGGGCAACGGGACGCUGGCCUGCCGGCAGUCCAUGACUUACUAUCCGGAUCCUCAGUUCACCGGCUUCACCUCCACGAGGAGCGGGGACGACAUCCGCGUCACCAUCCAGAAAAGCGCGGAUCACCUGGAGAUGAGCGUAAAAGAGGUGUCGGCGUCGGGCGUCCACAGCGGGAAAGAGUACCCCUGCGUCAUGGAGGGCAAGGACGAGGGCAACCAAGCGGAGUUCUUCAUUUGCGAAAUCAGGAGGUUGGCCGACGUCAAUUUUCGCGAGUUGAAGGUUUUCUACGGCGAUAAGACGAUCACACUGCGAAAUACAUCUGACCUGUACUCUCUGAUGUGGCUGGUACUUCUGGCGAUCCCCUGCAUUAUCGUGGGGGUGGCGCUGAUUUACCGUCGUCAACAAAAGCAACUGACGGUGAAGAUGAACAAACGCAUGGAAAACCUGGAGAUGGACAUCAGGAACGACAUCAGACAAGGUUUUGUAGACAUGCAGACGGAAAAGGCGGAGCUGUUGGAAAACGUGGGUGCGAUUCCGUUCCUAGACUACAAGCACUUCGCCUGCAGGAUAUUUUUCCCUGAGAAUGAACUCUUGACGGCGUCGUGUACAGCCGAGGGAGGUGUUGGUCAAGACAAGACGGUCCAGGCCUUCGCCGAGCUGAUCAGGGACCGGCGCUUCCUGGUGUGCGCGGUGCACGCUGCUGAGGAGCAGAAGAGUUUUAGCGUCAAGGACAGGUGUGCGAUGGCGUCUCUGCUGACGGUGGCGCUGCACGGCGACUUGUCGUAUCUGACGGAGGCCAUGGAGACGCUGCUGAAGCAUUUGAUGCAGAAAAACAGCACGAGCCAACCCAAAAUGCUGCUGCGGCGCACGGAGUCCGUCGUGGAGAAGCUCCUCACCAACUGGAUGUCCAUCUGCCUGUACGGAUUCUUGAGGGAGAGAGUGGGCCAGCCGUUGUUCCUGCUGGCGAGGGCCCUCACGCAGCAUAUCUCCCGGGGCCCGGUGGACCGCGUGACGGGCAAAGCCCUGUACACGCUCAGCGAGGACUGGCUGCUCUGGCAGGCGCCGGACUUCGCCCCUCUGAGGCUGAAGGCAUUGUUUUCGGCGGGCAGCGACGGCGAGGUGAGCGAACCACUGGAGGCGGUGGCCCUCACCUGCGACACGGCGGAGCAGGCCAAGGAGAAGGUCCUCAGCGCCUUCGAGACCAAGUUCGGCUUCCCCUACAGCAGGCCGCAAAUGAGCGUUUCUAUCGAGUUGGAGAGGGACGGAGGCUUCGUGGCCCUGGAAGAGGUGGACGGCAGCUCUGAAGCGAUCGGGGACGUGACCAGGCUCAACACGUUGGAGCACUACAAGGUGGCAGACGGCGCUGCAAUCAAGGUGACCUCCAGAUCGAAUCCUUCUGUGAGCCCCCAGUGUAGUUUGAAGGAGAACGGUGAUAUUUGGGAUAAAUAUUUUCACUUGAUCGGGCCUGACGUUGACCAGGACCUGGAAAAGAAUCCAGAGAGGAAGAAAUUGAAGCUGAAGGAAGUGCACCUCACCAAACUCCUUUCCACCAAAGUGGCCGUGCAUUCGUUUGUGGAGAACUUGUUCAGGUCCGUGUGGGGGCAGGCCAACCGCAGAGCGCCGCAGGCGGUGAAAUACUUUUUCGACUUCCUGGACCGUCAAGCGGAGGAGAUGAAGAUCUCCGAUCCGGAUGUGCUGCACAUUUGGAAGACUAAUAGCUUGCCUCUCCGCUUCUGGGUGAACAUCCUGAAGAACCCCCAGUUCGUCUUCGACAUGGCCAAGAGUCCCCACCUGGACGGGUGCUUGUCGGUCGCCGCUCAGGCGUUCAUGGAUUCCUUCUCCCUGAGCGACACUCAGCUGGGGAAGCACGCGCCGACCAACAAGCUGCUGUACGCCAAAGACGUUCCCAAGUACAAGGAGGAAGUCAAGGAGUAUUUCCGGAGCAUCCGGGAUCAGCCGCCCGUCAGUCGCUCGGAGUUUUACAAGUUUCUGGACGAGGAGUCGAAGAAGCACGAGAACGAGUUCAACGAAGCGGCCGCCCUCAAGGAGCUGCAGAAGAUGAUCCUGAGAUAUGUCCCGCAGAUCAGCGAGAAGCUUGAGCAGAGCGGCGCCCCGGCCCACUUCAGGGAGGAACUGCAGCGGCUGCAGGAGACGUCGGACGUCGUCAGGAGCUGCUCGUGGAGCUGCAACCCGCGGGGGCUUUGAAAACCGCACGCCGCCACCACCACAACGGACUUUUGAUUAGAUUUAGCUGACCAGUCAUGUUGGUGUGAAGCUCUGUGACUUUAAGUUGAAUCUGAA